GUAAGGGUGGCGCGACGUGCGAGUUGGAGAGACGACUAGUCGAACGAAUCGUGUCGUGGUAGUCUCAACUUCUUAUCCAAAGACGUGAGUCAACGGUGACUGCUCUGGUAUCUCCUGAGUGUCUCCAGUGCCGUAAAAUAUUAUUAAGUCUUAGCCGUUUUAUCUACAACACGAGUCUCCAUUCGCGGUGUGGACAAAACCCCAGACAUUUUUUAAUAUAGAAGUAGAGACGUUGAUUUAAGGAAGAAAUCUUACCGGUUAAUCAUGAGCUGGCAGGAUUACAUUGACAAGCAGCUGCUCGCGUCGAGGUGCGUGACGAAAGCAGCAAUCGCCGGGCACGAUGGAAACCUGUGGGCGAAAUCGGACGGCUUUGAAGUAAGCAAAGAAGAGCUGGCAAAACUGGUCCAGGGUUUCGAUUCCCAGGAAAUUCUCACGUCAUCAGGCGUGACUUUGGCUGGCAAUAGGUAUAUCUAUUUGUCUGGAACGGACCGUGUGAUAAGGGCAAAACUUGGUAAAGUUGGUGUCCACUGCAUGAAAACGGGGCAAGCAGUCGUAGUUUCCCUAUACGAGGAUCCAAUCCAACCACAGCAAGCUGCUUCGGUAGUCGAAAAGUUGGGUGACUACCUCCUUACUUGUGGCUAUUAGUAACCUCUGGGAACCAAUACAAAACUAUCUAAUUUUUAAUUAAUUAAUUAUUAAUAAUAAUAAUAAUAUUAAUAUUAAUAAUAAUGAUAUUGAUAUUGAUAACAGUACAGCCGAUAACUUGAUUAAGAUAAUGAAGUAAAUGAAAAGUAAUAAAAUAAAUAUAACAGCGAAUGAACAAUGUAACGUAAAUAAAAAAAAAAAAAGCAGAUUAAGCCGCACGAUGAAAGAAACGACGGAAAGAGCCGCAAGCCCGCCGCCGCUGCUCGCGAUUCUUCAACGUCGUGUGUGUUUUUGUGUAUGAAAGAAAAUUAAAAUGAGUAAGAGAAAAUUUAAAAAGAAAAAUAAUUGAUAUGGAAAUUUAAAUUUAAAAAAGAGCGCGAAUUCAAUGGGUUUUCUAUGAAAUUUUUUGGCAACUGUUGAUAAAAACAAUAAAAUGUUUGUUACAAUAUUGAAAUAUUGCAGUAAUAAUUUAAAAUGUUUUGUAAAUCAUUUUCUAAAUAAAUAAAUUAAUUGAUUAAUAGAAUUCUGGGUGAUUUAAAAUAAAAUAAUUACGAUAACGAUUUAUUCUUAUCGGAGUUACGGCCUUCUUUUUAAAAAUGUUUUUUUAGUUAACGAAAUAAAUAAAAGUGUGAAAAUUUUAAAAAAAAUAAAAAUGUGUAAUCAUUUGUAUUUGUAAUUGUAUGUGUGCAAUGAUAAUGAAGUAUGAGAGAGAGAGAAACAGAGAGAGCGAGGGGAGAGACAGAAGUGGAAAUGAAAUGAACCACAAAAGAAAGUUCACGUUGAGGUCUGGAGAUAAGAAUUAAAAAUAAAGAAUGAGGAGGAGAUUGAGGUGGAAGAACAUGAACAUGAACAUGAAGAGAAAGAGGUAACGGUGGAAAGAUAAUAGCGCGACGGUGUGGCUAAAGCGUGAUAAGAAAACCAAAGCGGCGUCCGGGAAUCGAUCGGCUGCAUCCUUUACCUGUGACAAGACUAACGCGGUCCUCAAAACUCAUUAAAUAUUUUAUUAUUUUUUUUUUUUUUUAUUUUUUUUUUCUAGCUACUCAUUGUCAUUACAUGCUAAUUGUAUAAGAUAGUGCGAUGUGUCAUAAAACUGCUGAGAUUUUUUAUUAAUGGAAUAAAAAUAAUAAGUAAUAAUAAUAUUAAUAAUUAAUAAUUAUAAUAAUAAUAUUAAUAAUAAUGAAAUAAAAAAAAACAGAUAUGGGCGCGAUGAGAUUUUUUUAAUAAUAAAUUUGUAAUGAAACUGAAAAAAUAAAAAAAAAACAAGCAGCGAUACCUAUUACUACUAUUUGUAUACACGUAUAAUAUAAUAAUAAUAAAAAUAAUAAUCAUAAAGAUGUCAUCCAUGUAAAUCUUUUUGCGUUGCACUGACGCGUGUCAAUUUUUGUCAUUAAUGAUUAAAAAAAAAUGUGAAUGACGGGAUAAAAAGUUAAUCGAUUGUACAACAAUUGAUACUAAAUAUAAAAAUAAAAAACCGGUAAAUUCAAAGGCUUUAUUGAUUCAAGUGUGUCAACCGGAUCACUGGUGUCAAGUUGACGUUCUUUUUAAGGACUUGUUGAUGCAACCCAUUGCAUUAAGCUUCACUAGGAAAUAUCUAAAAGGAAAUAGAAGACGGUUUUAUUUUAAAAACUUGUACGAACGACGACUUUAAUCCCGUCGCUCCGUUUUUUAAACACCUCGUGCACAUGUAUUUGUACUUGACUUAACUGUCACUAUUUAAAAUUUAAAAAUUAUGUUUGUGUACGUAGAGUUAACAGUAAUUUUAAAAUUUAAAAUUAAUAACAAUAACAAUAUCAGUUUUUUUAUAAAUUUUAAAAAUUAAUAACUCAAUGUAUUGUAAUUUUCUGUACCGUUUUCUGCUGCUGCUAAUACUAUCGCUACAACUUAUUCCCUCGCUACUCUAUUACUGCUAGCACUUACUAUUUACUACGAAAAAAAUAAAAAUAAAUGAGUAAAUAAAUGAUUAAUUAAAAAAAAGAAUACUAGUUAACAAUACACUAUUUAAAUGUCGCAAUAAUUUCGUGGCUGCUUGUCAGUUUGUCAAAAAUGUGCCAAGCGCCAGCCCAUGAUGAUAACGAUGAUGACAUCAGAUACUUUACCUAUGUAACAAUUUUUAUUGAUAAAAAAACAAAUAAAAAUUGAUAUAAUUGUAAAAAAAAAUGUCUA